AGAACAUGCCUAAAGAAUGAAGAGGUUCACAUGUGGCCCUGGGCAGUACUCUUCUCACAAGGCUCUUUGCAUCGUGAUGGUGGCUGCUCAUCUUUUCCUCCUGGCAGAAACACGUUAUCUGCAUGGAGAAAGGUUGGAUUUACUUGGAAGGAAUGAUAAGUACGUGUCUCUGGUCAACUACAGCAUCCCUCAGCUGUGUCAGUUCACUGUGUGCAUUGAUCUGAACCGGACAGCCAACAUCAGCUCUUGGGCAGCGUUUUCCUAUGACACUAACACUACAUCCACUGACAUAAAUGACAUAGAGCUUGGACUCUCUGGAGAAAACAAACAGUUGAGACUGUAUCUUUUUGGCACCAGACGAGACAUUAAGAUUGAUCUGUCCCUUUUUGUGUGGUACAGUGUGUGCUGCUUGUGGGACAGCGAGAAACAGCUGCUGGAGGUCUAUUGCAACGGCAGCCUCGUGCAUACCGAAACCCUCAGCAGCGCUGAGUGCCUGAAACCCAACGGUAGCCUGGUGCUGGGUCACCUGCACAAGAGAAAGGAUGGCUUUAUUGUGCGGGUAAGCAACAGUUUCAUCGGCAGCUUGUACUACUUCCAAAUGUGGGACCGUGCGAUGGGUCAGGCGGAGCUGCUGGACUGCGCCAUGGGCAAUAUUGUCAGCUGGAAGGAAGAGCACUGGGACUUCAGCAGCAUCCUUCCCGUUGUGGACUGUCACUUGCGCUGUGCAGGCUGGAGUGAAGCAUCAUCAACAAGGGCUCUGACGCUGCCUCCCUUACCUCCAACCAGUAGUACCAAUGGUGCCAUUCCGCUCAGCUUUUUUAAUGUUGACAUGAAGUUUUCUCUUUUCUACAAAACGGAGAGAGCUCCUGAUUACUACGAUGCAAGGAAGCUUCUUGAAAACUGGUUUAGUAUAAUAUUUACUGGAGAAGAAUUUGUUGUGACAAACUUUAAAGUCAGGGGUAAUUAUCCACAAAGCAGUGUCUAUAAGAGGGAUCAUAUGAAGGCAAAGCAGAUGUCACAAAGCUAUGUCUGUAAGGCCAUUAUAAAGGCCACAUCACUUGAAAUACAAGAAGUGCUGAGUCUCAAGAUCAAACAGUUAUUGAAUGACGUUUAUGAAGAGGGGCCAUUAUCGCUAUAUGUGAAUCCCGAAGAUGUGGCUGUCAAGCCAAUAGCACUAAUGGAUUGCCCAGAAAGCUUUUCACACACAACCUACAAGGGGAAUUAUUCCUGGCCGCUAACAAGUCCAGCUACCAAAGUGGAGGUCAGCUGCAGGAAAAACCCCCUGCAGUCUGCUCGAAGGAGUUGUGCGAUUAAUAUCGAACUUGAGCAAGCUUUUUGGAAGAAACCAAAUUUCACUGAAUGUGAAUUACUGGAAGAACUUCCAAAUAAUAUUUUAGACCUCCAUGAUAUCAUGAUAAUAGAAGAGAAUGGCCAAGAUGUUGUACGGCAUAUUUUAUACCUCUUGCCAGAUGCAACACUGCAUAUGGAAGAAUUAGAAAUCAUUGCAAGUAAACUUGCUGAUAUUGUAAAGCUUCCAGAUAUGAGCAUGACACUUGCAGAGACCAUAUUGUAUAUACUAAACUAUAUUUUGCUGCAAGAAAUAGAAGAUCAGAACAUUAGAAAAAUAACCAAUAGUAUCCUGAAGGCGACUGAGGAGAUAGGCUAUAAGGUGACUUACACAGAAAGAAAUACGUCUGUUGUUACUACUUCCUUGGCUUUGCUGGUGAUGCGUCCGGAUCCCAGCAUGUUUGAAGGACUGGCCUUUGGCGUUACCUCCUACCACAGAGGCAUGGAUCUCAAGGUCGAUGUUCAAGAAAAGCCUUUCAAAAAGGCCUUGGCCUCGGUGUUUUUGCCAAAAUCGCUGAAGAAAUUCCUUGGGAUUGAGCACUCUCACCCAGACAAGCAUCCAAAGAUCCAGUUUAAGUUUUUUGGCACUACUUCACUCUUUGCAGAUAACAGCUUAACAAAGGAGAGGCUGAAUACUUAUGUUGUGAGUGCCAGCAUUGAAAAUGCAUCAGUUCAGAACCUUAAUGAGCCUGUGACUAUUACUCUUCAGCACAGAGUCCAAAAUAUGGGUAAUGCAGCAGUGCACUGUGUCUUUUGGGACUUUCAGAAGAACAAUGGACUGGGUGGUUGGAAUACAUCGGGGUGUGAAAUGGAAUAUACAGAUAUGAAUUACACAAUCUGUUUUUGUAACCAUCUUACCCAUUUUGGAGUCCUACUGGACUUGUCCCGGACAGAGAUAGAUACCACACAUGACCGUGUAUUAACUCUGAUAAGCUAUGCAGGAUGUGGUGCUUCUUCCCUUUUUUUGGGUAUAACACUGGUGAUAUAUCUAGCCCUUGAAAAGCUGCGGAGAGACAACCCUUCGAAAAUCCUGCUCAAUCUUUGUGCUGCAUUGCUGAUGCUGAACAUGGUCUUUCUCACCAACUCCUGGCUGUCCUCGUUCAACCAGCCGGGUCUCUGUGUCACCGUGGCCGCGCUCCUUCACUAUUUCCUUCUUGCAGCUUUCACCUGGAUGUGCCUGGAGUCUGUUCACUUUUACUUGGCUCUUGUCAAAGUUUUCAAUGUUUAUGUCCCCAAGUACAUCCUAAAAUGCUGUAUGGCUGGCUGGGGAAUACCAGCUAUUAUAAUUACUAUUGUGCUCAUUAUAAAUAAAGACUUCUAUGGCAAUGGUUCGCAAUCUGAGAGCCAUCCAUUCAGCAAUUUCUGCUGGAUUCAGGAGAACAGAGUGUUCUACAUCUCCAUUGUGGCCUACGUCUUCUUAAUAUUUUUGGUGAACACAGCCAUGUUCAUCACUAUUCUCUUUCAAAUCCACUCUGUGAAAUCAAGGACACAAAAGAGAUCCAGGUUCUGGAAACAAGGUUUUCUUCAAGACCUCAAAAGUGCUUUCAGCUUGAUGUUUCUUUUGGGCAUAACUUGGGGCUUUGUCUUUUUUGCCUGGGGAACAGUAAGGAUAUUGUUCUUGUAUCUCUUCAGCAUUUUUAACACCUUGCAAGGGUUCUUCAUCUUUGUGUUUCACUGCCUAAUGAAGGAAGAAGUGGCAAAGCAGUGCCAAGUGCACUUUUGCUGGGGAAGAUUUCGUCUGAGUAAUUAUUUUGACUGGAGUGGGUCAGGUGCAACUGCUGAAUCUACGCCAAGGCAUUCAAACCACAAAUCACUGUCCCAGGCUUUGUGGAGUCUAAAUUCUAACGGAACAAGUUCAACUUCCAGCGGUUCAGAUUUCCUUCCCAGGACUUCCCCGGACAUAAAUUUUAGGAUUGCUGAAGUUCAUUACAACCCCAGUGCUGUACCUCCAGAAGAUGGUGAGACCAAACAUCCUUGUUCACAAAGAACACAACUCAUGGAGACAGGGCUGCACUAUCCGCAAAAAGCAAGAUUUUUUCAUUGAUACUGAAUUUGUUUUCUUCUGAUUAUCUAAUGAUGGUUCUCUUUUGUGGCAUGAAAAAAUGCACAUUAAUCUAAAUAAUUACUUCUAAUGUACAAUUAUCACUCUGAACACAACUAUAGAGCUAAAACAUCCCAGGAUUCAACUCUCUGCGCUUCAGUGCAGGGGCAGUGAUGACCACAUAAGGAUUUGGUCCCCCUGUAUUCCAAGAUUAACCCUCAUGUUAAACAGAGACUGGAAACAUUCUCUUCAUCAUCAUUAGUCCUUCUCAUAGUCUGUCAUCUUUUUUUUUUCUCUUUAUACCCUCCUGCCAUCCAUCUGCUCCCUUCUUCAUCUGAUACUUCUGCUCAGAACCUAAUACCCAUAAUACUGAGUUUCAAGUCAUAUUUUUGAGCCUGUUGACUGACUGACUGUCUCAGGCAUGGAUUUCUAGGUUCCUCAAUCAGUAUCUUUCCUUACUUUUCCCGAAAUGGACUUUAAUCAACUUACAGGUUAAGAAAUCGGACUCAGCUUUCCAAGACAUUCCUUUCAGUUGUAUGUUUUAGUUUCAGAUGUGCUGGCACUGCUGACUUGGAUUUAGAUCUCUUAAGAGAUGUAGAUGCAUGUUUCAGUGUUUGAAAAUAUUGCACAGUACCUUCAAAUGGAAUGUGAAACCAAGGAAAACUUAAAUUCCCACCUCUAAUGGGUAACCAUGUAUGCGAUAUAGGUUUCAGUUUACCUCUCUGAAAAAGCCAAAACCAAACCAAAACUCAAACAAAAAAAAACCCCAACAAAUAAAGCAAAACAGAACAAUAGCAGAUAAAAUCCUGCCAUGUUUGGAAGUAGCGAAUAAGAACUUUGCCCUUUAGUAAUACUUUGCUGUGAAUUGAGCAGAAGGUAAACUUCAUAACAUCACAAGAGGGACUUAACUUUCCUCUCCUACUAAUGAGGGGCUUUCUUUUAGCAAAUGUGUUUGAAUCAGUAACUUGCCUGCUCAAUCAAAUCCUAAUUUCAGUUUUGAAUGCCUUUCUCUGUUUCAUUCAAGUAAAGAUAUUUUGAUGAUGGCUAAUAUAGUAAUAUACCGAUGUGUACUGAUGACAGAGAAGUAAAAAAAUAUAAUGGAGUGAUGUCUUAGAGAUGGUGUGUACGAUAGCAAAUACAAAAGGUUCUUUCAUUCUGUGAAUAACUCCCACACAGCAAUUAGUGGAAAAAAUGAAUAUUUCAAUGUACAGUAGCUACAGCCAGCCUACUUGAAAUUUGACAGAUCACCUUCAGUUCCAUGGCUUUCUGGGAGAGAAGUUAGCAUGAAAAAGAAGCAAACGGGUUCUAUCUCUUACCCGCUUGUUUCUAACUUGAAAUUACUUUCAAUGAGAAAGAAAUUUAAUAUAAAAACCAGUUCAGUAUGUUGGACACUUGAACUACCAUCCUCUGCUUGUAUUCUUUAUGUUCAUUCUGCAGUCUGCUGGUGAAUACAAGGGGUUCUUCAGCAGAAGCAGAGCCUUAGUCCUCCCCUGAGUCCCUUUGACACCAGUUUGUCUCUGCUGUGGUAUUGGUUAAGUCUGGGUGGAUGGACAGCCUGACCCUGUGUCCUUCUCCACCACCCUGCUUUGACCUUCACUCUUCUCCUUUGUGCAGUAAUUCUUUCUGCAUACACUUGAUAAAAACAGGACAGAAGGUAAUUGGCUUGAAUUUAGACUAGAUAUUAAGUAACAAUUUCUAAUUGUAAUGAAUAAGUGGUCAAGAGAGCAUGUGGAAUGGCCAUCAAAAAACACUCAUAGUGAUAAGGCAAAUAUCUGCCAGAAUUGGUGUAAGUAAAGUUGAUUUUGCCUCAGAGCAAAGGAUGGACGGGAAGAUCUGUUGAAAUUCCUCCCAAUUCUAUUUUCUAUUACUCUAAUUUAAAAUUAAAAGGCAAUAAAAGAGGAUCAAUGUGAGAACAACAUGAGACUUGCCUCGUCUCCUGCAUCCUGUGAUUUUUUUGUUACAUUCCUGAUAAAAGACGCAACGUACCCUGUUUUUCUAAAGUUUUUGCUGAAUGUCCGCAUAACAUUAUUAAAUAACUAGGAGCACAAAGAUUUGGAUAAAAAAGCAAUGAGAGAAGUUCUGAAAUACUUAAGACUUCCCAGGCUGCCAGAAAAUGCCUGGAAAUGCUGUUUCUUUGGCAGAUCCAUCUGUGUGGUUCCUGCUUUGGAGGUGUAACAGCGGGAAGAAGAGCAAUCUGCAUGGCGUGGAGCAAUGUCAAGUCUCCAUUCUUGCUAUUGAUUUUUUUCUAUUUUCUAUUCAAAAAGCAAAAUCUGGAAGUAAAAUUUUAAAAACCUGUCAACUUGCUGAUGUAAAAUGCAAAGCCCUAUUUGUUCUGGGGAGGCAGUGAGCUCACUUCCACUCUCUAUCAUAUGCCUAAUGGCUUCUCCAGCUAAACAGUGUAUCAUUUAUGUUUCAAGCAUGGCAUUGUUUAGGUUGUCAGCCCGAAUGAAGAUGUGUAAUUUUCUUCGGGCUGAAAUAAUGUCUUCCACUUCGGCACCAUCACACUUGUUCUUCUCCAACGUAUCCACGCUGACGUUCUGUCACAGAAUUGCGUGUUGAUGGUUUUCACGGGGAGAGGACACGCACAAAGACAAAUCUAAUAAAAAAUUGCUAAGCGCUUGUGAUUCACAUUCUAAUAAUUUUAAGCGAUGGGAACAGCUUCUGCAUCUCUGGCUCAAAUGUGUCCUGACAGGCAGCGGUGCUUAAAUGGUACAAACGCAUCCUCCUCCCUGCGGUGUUGAUUGUAUCAGUUGCCUUUGCUCGCUGCCUGAGAAAGCAGUGAUCUAAAAGCUCCUUUGAUUUCUAAGUCAUUCUCAUUUACUCCCAGAUCGCUUAUUUUUAGCAAUACACACACCAGGAAAUGCGUGCUCUAUUUUAAUCCAAUGAAAAGGAUUUCUGGAAGUGUAUUUGCCUAUGAAGGCAAUUAUUUCAUGUCAGAUCUCAGUGGGUUGUUAACAAUAGGUUAGACGAUGCAAAAUAAAUAAAAAAUGAUAGUAAAAUCACUGCAGCAGCUGCGGUGACUCAGGCAAAACAUCUUGCUAUUCAGACGGGCACAAAACUGCACCACCCUUCCCACCAACUAAGGCAGUGGGUGCAGAUCCAAGGUCUCGGCAGAUCACCCAAGGGUCCAUGGAGACUCUUUAUGUCCCCACAUGGACAAGUGGCUAAAGCUGCCUUCUAGCUCUAUGUAUAUACAGCGCUUUGAUAACCAUGUAAUAUAGAUAAAUAUUACAUAGGGUGGCAGCUAAAGGUCAGUACAGCUGAAGUGUUUUUCUGGCAGUUUAUGAAUCUACAGUAGCGGUUAGCAAUACAGGUUAGCAAUACUUAGACCCCAGAUGUAUAAUUCUUUCUAAAUGUUGCAGGCAGUUAUUAUAAAGACAACAAAAGAAAUGUCAUUAUGGGAAAUGAUUUUAGAUUAAAAAAUCAAAAUACUGGAUAGAUAGUUAUCUAUUGCAUAAGAUGAGUGCUAAGUCUUAAUGCACAAUACUCUGUGCUUUUAGGUAUCAGAAAGUAUUUAGCAUGUAAUGGCACUGUAAUGGUUCUAAAUUAAAUGUAUCAUUUAGAGUUUCAAGGAUGCCCCAAGAAUUAUGCUUGCUAUAUUAUUUCAUUGCCUGAUUACUCCUGUAAAGGAAGAAAUUCAAGGAUACAUUCCAGUGGGGUUUUCUCCUCUGUUUUCUGAAAAAUGACACCAGUAUUUCAGUGGAGGACCAAAAAGUCUUCCUUCAUCUUUAUGUCAAAAGAAGAGGACUUAAAAGGAAGGCUACUGAGAUUUGCUGGAAGGGAGAGAUUUACAUUGAUCUGGCAGACUGCUGGACUUGAAAUCAGUUUUCUACCUCCAGGGACAAGUAAAAGGAAUGUGCCCGUGGUGACCCAACAGCCAAGUCCUGCUCUGUGGUGAACAGUCUGGGCACACGGACAGCAAUCAGGCAAAUCGUAAUCUGAGAAAAGCCUUUUAUAAGAGAGGAUGCCACAACAGAGCCUACCAAAACUCAGGACUAGGAUAGACAAGCUGUUUGGCAUCUCUCUGCCGUUAACAUCCGAAGAACACGAACGUCAGUUUGCUCAGCAGAGAGGCAGAAAGAUACAUCAGCCAGCAAUAAACAGAUGGCAAAAUUGCUAGGAGAGACAAUUAAAGCAAGGGUCGAAAAUGAGUUUGAGGCAUAAAAGCAGAAUUAAGACAACUAAAUAGUUCCAUGCAGAAAUGAUACAAAUAAUGACCCAAGAAAGUGAGCUACGAUAACCCUAAAAAAAGCCUAUGCUGGCUAAUAUAGCUGUAGCUCAUUGUGGAUCAGUUCUGUGCUCCUAGCACUCUAGCUACAAAGGAUUUUGCCAUAUUUGUAUAAAUAUCAACUCUGUAUGACCAAUGUAUAAUGAAAUAAUAAAAAUGUGCUACA